CCUCUUAUCGUGCGGCAAUAAAUUCCUCCCGGGUUGAAGUUCCAAUGGCACCCAACCUCGGCACCCUACCAGUCGAGACGCUUUCUCUCAUUCUAGGCCACUUCUGCCUGCACUGCAGCAAGGAUCACCGCUAUGAGUUGCCCAACGGCUACUUUUGCUGCAGGAGCUCUGAACAGCAGCAGCCGGGCCAACCAUCAUGGUAUUCGCGCGACUACCGCCAGACUCUCCACUCGGUGUGGCUGGCGUCCAAACGUCUGGCUUCCGUCGCCCAGACACUUCUCUACCACGAGUUCGUCCCCGGUUAUGGCGAUGCAUGGAGAUCAACCCAGUUCUCCUGGGAGGGCCGACUGGCCUCCUUCCUGCUCACUGUCGCCACCCGCAAAGAUCUAGUCGCACAAGUGAGGCGCAUCUACGUGCACCCUCACCUGCUUCGGGCCAUUACCGAGGAAGAGGCUCAGCUCACGCUGGAGGAGGCGCUGAAAGCUGCAGCUGUAAUAGCUCCCGCAGCCGGUGCCCAGCUUCUUUCUGAAUACCAGGGCGCGUUUGACGAGCUGCAAGAGCAGAGACUCCAUUUCCCCGGUCCGCGGAGGCAUCCGGGAUGGAAACUCGUCGGUAUGCUUCUGACUGUUGCGCCCAAUCUAGAGCGCCUGAGCUUGCAGGUUGAAGGCCCGGGGUGCGUUCCUGUCGCGGCAUUUUCGGUACUGCGUCGUUUGUCGGGCAGUAAUGCCGGAGGAGCGCUGCUUUCGAAUUUGAAGACACUUGAUCUCUGUCCCCGGUCGGACUGUGGGUGUCGUUCCUGAAACACCACGCCGCGGGCAUUUUGGAAGCGGUCGCGGCCAGCAAGAGCAAGGGCAGCAGCAGCUUGUCGACCCUUAACCUUCACAUAUGUGGGGGGAUUGGCCAGGUCAAACCACAGGGCUUAG